AUGAGAGCUGACGGCGGCACAGUCCCCUUCUCCACCCGCCGCCCCCGGAGAGGCGGCGGGGGAACGGAGAGGGGGGUUCGCCUCGGGCCGGCCAGCGAGAACAAGGAAGAAACACACCAGGAGAGCGGGUCGGGACCGACAGACACGGGGCCCGCGACCGACGACGCACCGGCGAACCGGGCACGCGGAGGCGAGCCCCACGGGCGCCCGAGAGGGGGCUCCCCAACCCCGACCGCGGCGUGCCUCGGGAACGGCCACCCGCCGCGUGAGGAACGGGAGUCCGAGGGAGCCGCCGGACGCCGACGGCUCCCUACGGCUAGGUACCCGGACAGGGGGCGGGGGCGGAGACGCGAGAGGGAGGACCGCCGCCGCGACGACGCACCCGGUCGCGCACCCUCGCGCGACACCGGCUCCGUCCGGCACGCGCGCCCGGGAGCCACGGCGAGAGGCCGCGCGGGACGCCGACGCGGGGCGCUCCCCUUCCCCCCCGACGGGGGGGACACGGACGCGCACCACCCCCCAGAAACAGAACACGGAAGAGCCGGACGGGAAAGAGGGGACACACCCGCGGGCCGCUGCGGUGCGGUGAGGCAGCAGCGGGAGUUGGACGGAGGAGAGCGAGAGCGGGAAGAGCCGCCGUCCACCGUGAGCCGCCAGCGGCGAGCCGAACACGGGUCCCCGGACGGGGCGAGGAGAGCGAGCGAGCCGAGGGAGCGAGCAGCGCACGACGGGACGCGGACGGACGAGCGGGAGAAGAGCGAGCGGGAGGAGGGCGGCGGGUGGCCGGAACCGAGAGAGGCCACCCGUCGGGAACCGCCGAGCCGCCGCGAGACGGACGCGCUCCCGCGCGACGCACCGCGCCUACUGACCACGCCGCGGUUCCAAGCCGGCGGCCGCGGGCGGGCGCUCGAGAGCGGGUGCGGGGCCGCGACCGGGAACCGGCAGAGCGGGAGACGACACACCGCGCCAACGGGCUUGGCGGGAGAGACGGGCGGCGGGCCACCCCCCGGACGAGAGGCGGAGGCGGAGGGGACCGGGACACCGCGAAAAGCCGGGCCGCGCGCGUGCUCGGAAACGCGGCGGGAGAGGCGGGAGGGGGAGAGAGGCGACGACACGCGGACGGUCUUUCCCUCGAGGGACGGGAGGGGGGACGCCGCGGCCCACGACGCACGGACGGGCCGGACCUCGGGGACGGGGAGAGUCAUCGACCGGAGCCCCCACCGUCGCCGCACCGGAGGGAAAAAAAAAGCACGCAAGUGGGGGGUAUCUCACCGCCAGGCACCCAACCCGGUGCGGUGGCGGUUCCCCACACGAGACGCGCCUUCCCGGAGGACGACGACGACGACGACGGGGCCGGAAGAGUCCCCAGACGCACCUCGGACGGCGGACCCACCGCCACGCCGCAGACGACGGACGUCCGCUAAGCCUCCUUCCCUCGCGAGGUUCCCGAAACGCGCGAAGCCCGCCUCUCUCGCACCCUCUCGCACGGACCCACCGCCGAGACAGACGCGCCCGCCGCCGCCGAAGGACCCCCCGGCGGCGACGGGCCCCGACGCGUCCGGCGACGCGCCGGGAGACGACCGACCGCCGUUCUCCAAAGGCCGCACCCGAGAGAGAGGUCACGACCCCGCAAAGCCAGAACCGGAUCCCCGGCCCCGAGGAGGGACGGGUCAACCGCUGCUCCCCAACCGUGGGAACGCUGCCGGGGAGGGGGAGCGAGGCGACUCCCACACGGCACACAACACGAGCGACGCACGCACGCGACGCGCGCAGCGAGGCCGCGGUCCGCGGGAACGGCAAAGACGGGGAAGCGCGGGAGGGACCGCUCGCGGCGGGCACGGACGGCGGACGGGUGGGACCCGGGAGCCCACCGCCACCCAGCCCCGCUCUCUUCCCUGCUCGGCUCCGCGCCCCGACCGAGGCGCGUACGCACCCUCGGGGGAGCGGGGGGAUCGGGGUCCCGCGGCACUCGGGCGCGCGCACACGCGGCCCCUUCGUUCCCCGCCACGGGUAACACGUCCCGGGCUCCGGCACGACACGCCGGCGUCACGACACGCUCUCUUGUCCCGCGUGGUUCCUCCCCGGACUCGGAGCGAGGAGGCGCGGGCCGCAGUGGGCGACACAAACGCUCGGGUUUCCCCCCCCAAAGACGGGACGCGGCGAGGGGCACCCGGCCGAAGCUACGCGCAUCGGGAGGUCAGGGCGUGCUGGGGCGACCAGGCGGGCCGACGGGAGACCCCAAGCACGCCCGCUCAUCGGAUCGCUAGAGAAGGCACUUUUUUCUCACUGAGGGCGGGCGGGACGGACCCGGCCCGACGAGCCUCCGGCCGCGGCAGCGCAAGAGCCGGGGGAGCGACACACACACCGCUCGAUGAUCUCGAGCGCAGCGAGGCGGGGGGGCCUGCGGUAUCGGCAAGGCUCUUACUUCCUUUCCGGGGCGCGUUCUUGAGCGUUCGCGGACACAGGGGACCGGACCGAGAGAAAACAUAA